AGAAUUGGGUUUGAAAAUUGAAAUCGAGCUCCCAUGCCGAUUCGAUUAGGGUUUUGGGCUUCUGCUUUUUUCACAUCACUUUCCACUCAAUUCUUCCUCUAAAGUUCCUCCUUUUCCAGAUAACACAUUCGAUUCCUUCCCUCUUUUUAUUGCCUCAUCAAAGAUUUCAACCUCGCCUCAAUUACACGCCGUCAUUUCUGAACUACGGCGGAGAUUGCAUCGGAAAUCGAUGAUUGGCAACAUCUCAAAUGGAUCCUUCCCUCGUGCAAUCCGCUUCUUCCGAAGAUGAGUGGGACACUGAUGGAUUUGUAAUUCCAAGCUUGGAAAUUGAAGAUACAGAUCAAAACAAAACCGAUAUCCCAAAAGUAGAAGACACUAAGCUGAUCGAAGUUGAGGCUGCAAAGGAAGAAGAGCAUAUAUACCUCGGACCACACGGAGCUCCUCCAUCUCAAGUAAAACAGCAGGAACAGAAGUCUUCUAGCCGUAAACAGAAGUUCAAGCAGAAACUCAAGGAAGCCGAUAGAGCAUACAGUGGAAGCGGGCGAGAGAAUAAGGUGGACAGUUUAAGGGAGCUUGUAGGUGAAGGAGGGAAAAUGCAGGCUACCGUGUCAAAGAAUUCUACUAGGGAUUGGCUCGACCCCCACUGUCAUGAGUCGCAGUUUGAGAGAAAGCAUGUACACUAAAAUUUCUGCUCUCUAGUUGUUGGGUUCUCUAUUUCAUUCUCUUCUUACUUUCAAGGUCUUUGUUUCUUCAAGAAGGUCUUGCUAGACAGACUUACUUGGAAAGUAUACGACAUAAACAAUUUUACUCAAAUUAUAUGGAUUCGUUUCAGUUUGUUA